AUGUUAAAAUCAAUCUUAUCUAAACCAUCUACACAACAAUAUAUUAUUAGAUCAUUUUCCACAACCACUACUGUUAAAUCAACACCAGUUGGAGGAAGUGGAAGACUCAAUGGAAAGGUAGCUAUUGUGACGGGUGGCGGUGAUGGUGUUGGCAAGGAGACAUCACUCUUGUUUGCAAAGGAAGGUGCAAAGGUAUUGGUUGUAGAUAUCGACGCUGCAAAGGGAAAGAGUAUCGUCACUCAAAUCAAAGAUAAUGGUGGAAAUGCUUACUUUUUUACUGCUGAUGUAAGCAAAGCAAAUCAAGUAAAAGAAAUGAUUGAUGUAGCAGAGAAAAACUUUGGCAAAUUAGAUAUCCUUUUUAAUAAUGCAGGUAUUAUGAUUUCAGAGGAUGACGAUGCUAUUAGUACUACUGAAGAGGUAUGGGAAAAGACAAUGAACGUCAAUCUCAAGGGUGUAUUCCUUGGCUGCAAGUUUGGUAUUCCAGCACUAUUGAGAAACGGUGGAGGUAGUAUCAUCAACACUGCCAGUUUUGUUGCCUUGAUGGGUGCUGCCACUCCACAAAUUGCCUACACUGCCAGCAAGGGUGGUGUCUUGGCCAUGACCAGAGAGUUGGCCAUCAUCCAUGCCAAACAAAACAUCAGAGUCAAUGCCUUGUGUCCAGGUCCACUCAGAACCGAAUUACUCGACAAAUUCUUAAACACCCCGGAAAAGAGAAAUAGACGUCUCGUUCAUUUGCCAAUGGGUAGAUUCGGUCAAGCUUCUGAAAUUGCCAAAGGUGCUCUUUUCCUUGCUAGUGAUGAUUCAUCAUAUGUAACUGGUACUGAUUUCUUGGUUGAUGGUGGUCUAUGUGCUGCUUAUGUUACUGCCGAGUAA